GAGAGCGCGUGGAGCAUGGAGCGCAACAAGACGCACGGGACAGUCUCUCCAAACGCACCGGGGACACGCGGCGCGCACUGACGCACCGGAGACACCAGGACUGUCCAGGACUGUCCGGGACAACAGGACUGUGCAGGACAACAGGUGGACACUGCGCGCCCAGAGGAGACAGAGAGAGUGAGGGGACUUGAAGAGAGCAGGAGGAGCAGGAGGAGCAGGAGGAGCAGGAGGAGCAGGAGGAGCAGGAGGAGCACACUGUGGAUGAAUGUUUCAGCUCCUUCAGUUUCAGCUCUUGGUCUUUUUGCGUUUGGAGACACUGUGGGAAUGACUGUGUUUGAUUCUCUGCUGCAGAAGACUCUCACUUUUACUGAAGUGAACUGAGGUGGACAGGACAGAGGGUCUGGUCCAGGUGAGGACGCACGGGACGCACGGGACGCACGGGACGCGCGCGCCUGGAAACAUGCUGAAGUUUCAUAACUCGGAUCUAUGGAUCGCCUGGAUGGUGCUUUUCUGCGCGGGGGGUUUGCGGUUGGAUCUUCGCUCCGGGAAAGUGUUUGUGGGGGCCCUGGACGUGACCGUGUCCCAGAGCAGCGUGCAGGUGGCUCGGGGCCAAGCUGCCGUCCUGCCCUGCUCUUUCACCACCAGCGCCGCACUCAACAACCUCAACAUCAUCUGGAUGGUCAUCCCGCUGUCCAACGCCAACCAGCCCGAGCAGGUGAUAAUCUACCAGAACGGGCAGGUGUUCCCCGUCUCCAACCAGCUCAAAGGUCGUGUGGGUUUUUCGGUCGUCAUGCCCAGCACAAGUGCCUCCAUCAUCAUCAACAACACUCAGCUGUCGGACACGGGGACGUACCAGUGCCUGGUCAACAACUUCCCCGACGGAGGAGGACGCAACAUCGGGGUCGUGGGGCUCACCGUCCUGGUGCCCCCGUCGGCGCCGGCGUGUCGCAUCCAGGGCGCCCUCGACGUCGGCAGUGACAUCACGUUGUUCUGCAGCUCAGAGGAAGCCAUCCCCACGCCGUCGUACUCCUGGGAGAAGGUCGACGCCCUCCCAAAACUGCCCCACAACGCCAUGCAAGACCAGAUGCAGGGAACCGUGACCCUCAGAAACAUCAGCACCAGCACCUCAGGACUUUACCAGUGCACCUCCAGCAACACCAUCGGCAAGAGCACCUGUCUGCUCAACGUGGAGGUGCUCGCACCUCAGCCUCAGAGCGUCGGUCUCAUCGCAGGGACCAUCGCCACCGGGGUCCUGGCCAUCAUCAUCUGUGCUCUGUUAGUGGUGGUCACUUUGUUUUACUGGAGAAACAAGAACAAAUACGACGAGGAGGAGAUUCCCAAUGAAAUCAGAGAGGACGAUCUUCCUCCAAAGAGGUCUUCUUCAGUGAAGGCGUUUCACGCCGACGCCUCGUCCUCUGAGAACGACACGCUCACCUCCACCAACACCUACAACAGCCGCUACUGGCACAACCCCAAACCCAACUACGACACCAACUCAUACACGCGCUACAACGGGGACACGAGGCAGACCUUCUCCACCGCCCCCGCCGCCACGGCAACGCACGGGACACACCCGGGACAUGGGACUAAUGCGGGACAUGGAACAAAUACAGGACAUGGAACUCAUGCGGGACAUGGAACUCAUGCGGGACAUGGGGGCCACGGGACACACCCAGGGCACGGGACACACGGGACACACGGAGGACAUGGAGGACACGGGACACACGGGACACACGGGACACACGGGACACAUGGGACUCAUCACGGAGCUCAUGGACAGCCUCAGAGCGCAGCACACAGCUCCACGGCUCCAGGCUCCGCCCCUCUGUCCCGACACACGCAGCCCGCUCAGAGCUCCACGCUGUUCGCUAACGGCAGCCACACCCUGCCCCCUCCUAAGACACUGGUGGUCACCACAAACUCCGCCCCCUCGCCUCCGGCCAUCCGCUCUAACGGCUCCGUGAGCCUGAAGCCCGUGGUCACGUCCGCGCACGGGCAGCACACACACUCGUACGCCGUGAGUCAGGCCACGCUGGAGCGCAUGGGGGCGGUGCCGGUGAUGGUCCCGGCCCAGAGCAGAGCGGGGUCCCUGGUCUGAGGUCUGAGGUCCUGUCCCUCACUGCGGUGAGGCCUGGUACUACAGUGUGAGGUGGAGAGGUAAACAUAUGGGCUGAAGCAGCCCCCGCCCUUUACAGCUGUGUCUCUGUGUCCCCGUGUCCCUGUGUCUCUGAGUGGACGUGGACACAGACACAGACACUCGAGGCGACGGCUCAGACUCGACUCUUUUUGUGAGACACAGGACUGUUCCUUCGGUCGUUUCUCGUGGGAGAUGUUUUCCACUGGAUGAUGUCACUGGACUCUCCUUCAGGGCUGGAUCGUUCAUACAUUUGUUGUUUUGUUUUUGUCUUUGGUUUGUUUUUAUUUGAAACACAAAGAGUCGUCCCUGCUGCAUGGUCAGAGGAGCUGCAGUCCAAAAAUGCAUGUGUCUACUGAGUUCUGACAUGAUUUUCUUUAACACUUGUUUGACUUGUUUCUUUAAUAACAGUAAUAAUGUGGAAUGUUUGGAAAAGCAGGAGCAUGAGAAUGAAACACUGAGUGAAAUGGCCUUAGUUUGUUUUAGGGGUUUUCCUGGUGCAAUAGAAAACACUGAAUGCAAAGGUGAUAAUUAUAUUUUAGCACUUUUUUAAAAGCAACUUUAUAUCAAAAUUGCUGUUUCAAACAACCAUUUUCUUUUGUCUUACGAGUGAUAAACUUCAUCCAAACUCUUAAACCACAGAGACGAGGCUGGACAGUGGUUUGUGUUGUUCUUUUCUUUAAUUGUCACUGUGCUCACUCGCUGCUCUUACCCGACGUGGACGGCAGGAUGUCUUAUUUCAUAAAUGCUUUAUAGAGAAACAGAUCUAUAUUUAAUAACAGACUCCUUUUUAUUGUAAAACUCAAUGGCAGCAGUGAGUUCAGAUCCAGAGCUUCUUUCAUGGCCAUAUUUAAGUGAAAAUGUUUCUGGGGAAGCUUCACUGUGGAGUAGUUUUACCAAAACUCAAUAAGAUUUAAUUUAGCAAUCUUCAUAUUGUGCACUUACUAAUGCACCAACUAAUGUUUGUUUUAUGUACGAUGCAAUAUCUGACUCUGCGGUUCAUGCAAUGUGUGAUAUUUUUGUUUAAUUUCACUGUUUCUGUGUCGAAGAACAAAUCCAUUUGUGCUCAUGUCACACUGAAGGUGCUCCAACACACACGACCACAAGAAAAGCAGAUUUUUGACCAGGAAAAUGUUUCUUUACACAGUUGCCUGGACAUCGCACUUACAGAACGGCUCAUGUGUUUUUAAGAACGCACAUUUACAGAACAUGAACUGCCACGGCUCUGCUAAGGUUUAAGUCUCAAUGUUGCAGAACUAAGACAAUAACGACUAAAUAUUAACCUGCACAGACGUCAUCACAGCUAAUAAAAGUGAAACAAACAUGAUUGGCCUCGGCAAACAACGAAGUUAAAUCUGUCAACUGGACAAAUCUCGUAGGAGUGAAGACGUUUCCUCCUGUGAGAUUUGUCCAGUUGUCCAGAUUUAACUUCGUUGUUUCCUGUGGAUCAGACCUGGACGACUGAGGGUCUUGGUUUUCAUCAUGAUUUCGUUUGUCCCGGUGCAGAGGACACUGCACUGACCUAAAGAACCAGACUUCACAUUUAUAAAAACUCAAAAACACAACUUGUUCUUACAAAAUGAACUAUUCUCCCUAUUCUUCAAAAGUCUUAAGAAGUCCUCAUCACAAAUGCAUUUUUCUUUUUGAUUUAAACUUUAUCGUCUCGCUGUGUCCGUCCACAUUGUUCCAGUUUUGUUCUUCCUGAUCAAAGCUUCUCGUGCAGCAGCUGGAGUCGGAAAACUAAGGUCUGAUAAGUAUUUUGUCUGUCAGUGUUUUCCAAAUGAUCUUAACUUUGUAACCUAACCCUUAACUCUGGUUUGACAAAGUGGCUGCAGAUGGUGGUGUUUGUCCAUACGCAGCAGUAAUGAGGCACAGCACAGAGAAACACGUUUAGAAGAAGCAGUUUUCUGUUCUGGACUGUCCUUGGGUCGUGUACAUAGAGAAAAAAUGACUCUAUAAUUAAACCAAUGGUAAACGUGUACAUAUGUAAAAUGAUGUUCUUACUGUUGGGUUGAAAUUACUUAGGAAAAUAACACUGGAAAUGUAGUGAAUAAAUGCUGUUAAUACAUUC